CGGUUACCAGUUUAAAUAACUACAGCCAUGGGCAAAAAGAUACAAUGUAUUGGACGUUACGUUAUGGAAGGACAAACUUUGGGCAAAGGUACAUUUGCACGCGUGGAAUUGGCAAGUCAUAGCAUUACUGGCUGUAAGGUGGCAAUAAAAAUCAUUGAUACUAGGAAAUUGAAAGAGGAGUAUAUGCGGACCAACUUACAUCGCGAGGCCCGGAUUUUGGGCCAAUUACGUCACCCUAAUAUCAUACGCUUGUAUGAGACACUAAAGGCUGUUCACAAAACGUCAUCUGGCCGAAGAGCUGCCACGUUGUACUGUGUGUGUAUGGAGUACGCAGCGGGUGGAGAACUAUAUUCAUUCAUAAAAAUACACCCUGAAAAUCGGUUGCCCGAAGAUCGGGCCCGUCCUUACAUUAGGCAGAUAAUAUCGGCCGUUCAUUAUUUACAUGAACGAGGUGUGGCCCAUCGGGAUUUAAAAAUGGAAAAUAUUAUGUUGGACGAGAAGAAAAAGAACAUCAAAAUUGUUGAUUUUGGGUUAAGCAAUACGUUUUCUAAAGACAACCUUAUGAAAACCCACUGCGGAUCACCAGAAUAUGCUGCACCAGAAUUAUUUAAUCCUUCCGAGAAAUAUGGGCCAGAAAUCGAUAUUUGGAGCUUGGGGAUAAUUUUCUAUACAAUGCUGGUGGGAAAACUACCUUUUACAACUCCAUCUUCUGACCAGUUUCGAAGAAGAGAAUUACAGUCGCAAAUUGAGAAAGGCCUUGUGAACUGUCAUUUUAAAGAAAUGAUGCAUUUAACACCAGGUAUUUCUUUCAUACAUAGAGACUCAUCGAGCUGACCCAUGUUUCUUUUU